GCAGUUUGCCGUGGCUGCUGCGAGUCCGGCCAGGACUGUGAGAGGCGGCUGCGGAGGUACCCGCGGCACCGGCGGAGGCGGCGGGAGCGGCGGAGGCAGCGGUCCAACGCGUGCUCUUUGGGCGGGGUGCGGCGGGGGAUGUUCCUGCCCAGGGCGGGCGGAGUCUCUCUGACAGGGCGGGGGAUGCGCGGCGGCCGCUCUCCGGGACCCUGAGGCCGCUGGGCCCACCCUCCCGGAGCCAUCGAGGACCAUCAGCCCUCGUGCCCUCGGCCUGUGCCGUCUCCUCCGGCCAGACCCUGGGGCCGAGGGUGGGAGGCGGCUUCCGCCGGAGAGGAGCGGGCUGUGGUGGCCACCGCGGCGGAGCCUGAGUUCUUUAGCCAUGAAAAUGGUAUGCACAGUCUUGAACAUGUACUCUCCAUGCUGAUGGGACAGGAUCCAAUAUGAAUAUAAAUGAUGGAGGAAGACGACGCUUUGAGGAUAAUGAACAUACAUUACAUAUAUAUCCCGGGACAAUUUCAGAAGGAACAAUCUACUGUCCAGUCCCUGCCGGAAAAAACUCCACAGCGGCUGAGGUGAUUGAGUCUCUUAUAAAUAGACUUCAUCUUGACAAAACAAAAUGUUAUGUUCUAGCAGAGGUAAAGGAAUUUGGUGGAGAAGAAUGGAUACUCAAUCCAACAGACUGUCCUGUUCAGCGAAUGAUGUUGUGGCCCCGAAUGGCUCUGGAAAAUCGCCUGAGUGGAGAGGACUACCGCUUUCUUCUGAGAGAAAAAAACCUUGAUGGAUCAAUCCAUUAUGGCAGUCUUCAGUCAUGGCUACGGGUGACAGAAGAACGUCGCAGGAUGAUGGAACGGGGUUUUCUUCCACAGCCUCAGCAGAAAGACUUUGAUGAUUUAUGUAGCUUACCUGAUUUGAAUGAGAAAACUCUAUUAGAAAACUUACGAAAUCGUUUUAAGCAUGAAAAAAUUUAUACCUAUGUUGGCAGUAUUCUAAUAGUUAUUAACCCUUUCAAAUUUCUUCCUAUUUAUAACCCUAAAUAUGUCAAAAUGUAUGAUAACCACCAAUUGGGAAAACUUGAGCCCCAUAUUUAUGCUGUAGCUGAUGUAGCUUAUCAUGCCAUGCUUCAGCGCAAAAAGAAUCAAUGUGUCGUGAUUUCUGGAGAGAGUGGUUCUGGGAAGACUCAAAGCACAAACUUUCUUAUUCAUCACCUUACUGCUCUCAGUCAGAAAGGAUUUGCCAGUGGAGUGGAACAAAUUAUUCUUGGAGCUGGGCCAGUACUUGAGGCAUUUGGAAAUGCAAAGACAGCUCAUAAUAAUAAUUCAAGUCGUUUUGGCAAGUUUAUUCAAGUGAAUUACCAAGAAACAGGCACUGUACUUGGUGCCUAUGUUGAAAAAUAUCUACUGGAGAAGUCCAGACUCGUUUAUCAAGAGCAUAAUGAACGGAACUAUCAUGUAUUCUAUUACCUCCUGGCAGGAGCAAGUGAAGAAGAGAGAUUAGCAUUCCACCUUAAACAACCAGAAGGAUAUCAUUAUCUCAAUCAGAUAACAAAGAAACCCCUCAGACAGAGCUGGGAUGAUUAUUGCUAUGAUUCUGAGCCGGAUUGCUUCACAGUGGAGGGGGAAGAUUUGAGGCAUGACUUUGAGCGCUUACAACUGGCCAUGGAAAUGGUAGGAUUUCUUCCCAAAACACGAAGACAGAUUUUCUCUCUUCUCUCAGCAAUACUACACUUGGGUAAUAUCUGUUAUAAAAAGAAGACAUACCGGGAUGACUCCAUAGAUAUCUGUAAUCUUGAAGUUCUGCCAAUUGUCUCAGAAUUAUUAGAAGCUGUGACAGUGAGGAACUCCAUGGCUAAGUCUUUAUAUAGCGCCCUCUUUGACUGGAUAGUUUUUCGAAUUAAUCACGCACUUCUGAAUACUAAAGAUUUGAAACAAAAUACCAAGACUUUGUCCAUUGGUGUUCUUGAUAUAUUUGGGUUUGAAGAUUAUGAAAAUAAUAGCUUUGAACAGUUCUGUAUUAAUUUUGCUAAUGAACGUUUACAACACUACUUUAAUCAGCAUAUCUUUAAAUUGGAGCAGGAGGAAUACAGAACUGAAGGUAUCAGCUGGCAUACUAUAGAUUAUAUUGAUAAUACCUGUUGCAUAAAUCUUAUUAGCAAAAAACCAACAGGACUGCUCCAUCUUUUGGAUGAAGAAAGCAACAUCAGUUCAGUGCGAUCACAGGAGGAUUUCCGGGAAAAAAAUACAGAUCAUAUGCGCCCUGACAUUGUAGCUCUUCUGAGAAGUAGCAAGAGUGCAUUUAUCUCUGGGAUGAUUGGAAUUGAUCCUGUAGCUGUUUUCCGGUGGGCAGUUCUCAGAGCUUUUUUCAGAGCCAUGGUUGCUUUCAGGGAAGCUGGGAAAAGACACAUUCAGAGAAAAACUGGACAUGAUGAUACAGCGCCAUGUGCAAUUUUGAAAAGUAUGGAUAGUGUUAGCUUUCUUCAACACCCAGUCCACCAGAGGAGCUUAGAGAUUCUGCAGAGGUGCAAGGAAGAGAAGUACAGUAUAACCCGGAAAAAUCCCAGAACACCACUUUCUGAUCUACAGGGCAUGAAUACUCUUAAUGAAAAAAACCAACACGAUACAUUUGAUAUUGCCUGGAAUAGCAGAACUGGGAUUCGCCAGAGCCGGCUAUCAAGUAGCACAUCCUUUCUUGACAAAGAUGGGAUAUUUGCUAAUUCAGCUAGCAGCAAACUCUUGGAGAGAGCCCAUGGAAUCCUUACGAGAAACAAAAACUUCAAAUCCAAGCCUGGCCUUCCAAAGCAUUUGCUAGACGUAAAUUCUUUAAAGCAUCUGACAAGACUGACCCUACAGGAUCGUAUUACCAAGUCUCUUCUUCAUUUGCACAAGAAGAAGAAACCUCCCAGUAUCAGUGCCCAGUUUCAGGCCUCAUUAAGCAAACUGAUGGAGACACUUGGUCAAGCAGAACCAUAUUUUGUAAAAUGCAUUAGAUCUAAUGCCGAAAAGCUACCAUUAAGGUUCAAUGAUUCCUUGGUACUUAGACAGCUUCGGUACACUGGGAUGCUGGAGACAGUUCGAAUUCGCCAAUCAGGAUACAGUUGUAAAUAUUCUUUCCAGGAUUUUGUGAGCCACUUCCAUGUACUUCUUCCCCGAAAUAUUAUUCCAUCCAAAUUUAACAUUCAGGAUUUCUUCAGGAAAAUAAAUCUUAAUCCAGAUAAUUAUCAAGUUGGAAAAUCCAUGGUGUUCCUAAAGGAGCAGGAACGACAGCACCUACAAGAUCUUCUUCACCAAGAGGUGCUCCGUAGAAUCAUAUCUUUGCAGCAGUGGUUCAGGGUCUUGCUGUGCAGGCAGCAUUUCCUCCAUCUGAGACAGGCAUCCAUUAUUAUCCAGCGAUUCUGGAGGAAUUAUCUAAAUCAGAAGCAAGUCAGAGAUGCAGCUGUGCAGAAGGAUGCUUUACUUAUGGUCCGUGCAGCCACUCUUCUCCAAGCUUCCUGGCGUGCUCACUUAGAGAGGCAGCGGUAUUUGGAGCUCCGGACCGCGGCCACCAUCAUCCAGCAGAGAUGGAGGGAACGCUGCAGGCGGAGACACACGGCUGCUGUUUGCAUACAGGCCAGAUGGAAAGGCUGCAGGGAAAGUAAGAGGUAUCAAGAGCAAAGGAACAGAAUUAUCCUUUUGCAGUCAGUAUGUAGAGGAUUCAAAGCAAGACAAAGGUUUAAAGCCUUAAAAGAACAAAGACUAAGAGAAACAAAACUAGAACUUGGAUUGACAAAUAUUGAGCCUUUUGGAGCUCUGGAAAUUCAGGGCUCAGACCCUUCAGAAUGGGAGGAUUGUUCCUUUGACAACAGAGUAAAAGCCGUAGAGGAAUGUAAAUAUGUGAUAGAGAGUAAUCAAAUUUGCCAUGAAAGUUCAAUGGACUUCUUGAAGGAGUCCCCAGAUAAGCGACAGGAGAGAGCCAGAAGCCAUAGUGGUGUGGACUUGCAGGAAGACGUGAUUGUGAGAGAGAGACCCAAGUCCUUGGAGGAUCUCCACCAGAAAAGAGUAGGUCGGGCCAAAAGAGAAAGUCGGAGAAUGAGAGAACUAGAGCAAGCUAUAUUUAGUUUAGAGUUGCUGAAAGUCCGUUCUCUUGGUAGCACGUCUCCUUCAGAGGAGCGCAGAUGGUCUACAGAACUGAUUCCUGAGGGCCUUCAGUCUCUGGAAGGUACACCUGAUAGUGAAAGCUCUCAAGGAAGUUUGGAACUUCUGAGCUGCGAGGAAAGUCAGAAGAACAAACAAGAGUCUAUAGCUUUAGAUGAAGGAGACUUGCAGUUUCUAUCACCCAAGAUAUCUAGCAGUCCAAAAUUUGAAUCACAGGACAAUGCCCUUGGUGUCUCAAGCAAAAGUAAUAGUCACACAGUAAUUCAAAAGGGGACAUCCUCUGGCUCAGUGCAUUUGAAGAAUGGGACUAUGAAGGAAAAACUGGUUUGUAAUUCUGAAUCUAUUUCUUGUAAGCCCCACCUGAGAGACUCCUUCAUUUCAAAUAGUCUGCCUACAUUUUUUUAUAUUCCCCAGCAAGACCCACUGAAAAUAAGUUCCCAACUAGACACAAGUAUACAGAGAAACAAACUGUUGGAAAGUGAGCAGACACAUUCAGCUCUUACUUUGGGUAUCAGCCGGGAAGCAAGGAAGUACCACCUCUCAGGAGAAAAUCAGCUUAUUGCUUCUUUGAAUACAGAGUCUUCUAACAGCCUGUUUAAAAAGUUAGAAAAGCUGAACACUGAGAAGGAGGAAAGGCAGAAGCAGUUGCAGCAGCAGAAUGAAAAAGAGCUGAUGGAGCAGAUACGCCAGCAAACAGAUAUUCUAGAGAAGGAGCGAAAAGCCUUCAAGACGAUGGAAAAGCCCAGACCCGGGGAGUCCUCUCUGCGCCAGCCAAAGCGAAGAGGAGAAAGGCCAUCCUCUCUGCUCAUCCUGAACUCCUCGCAUAGGGAAGAGCCCAGGGUACAAGGGACUCCAUCAGCUGUGAAAGGUACAGCGUUUGCUGCAGAGGACAGUCCCUCUGCUCACUUACCCCUGAAGGACCAACCUGUCACUCUGUUCUUUGAAAAAAGAGGAGGCUCAUGCCAGCCUAGUUCUAUCAAGGAAUUAUCUGUGACAGACACAACAGCCACCCAACUGAAUGUAGCCUGUAAGUUCAGUAAUAAUCGCAUUUCAAAAAGAGAACAGCUUAGGCCAUCUCAGUCUUAUAGUCACAAAUCUGAUGACCCUUCCAGAGAUGGUACUACUGGGGCCAUUUUCUUCAUGCCAAAGGACAAUAUGAAUAUUUCCCUUGUCAAUAAGGAAGCCUUGAACAUUGGAAAUCCUCACCUCUACAAACGAGAUGAACCAGCUUGGAAACCUAUGAAAUUAACUGGGCCGGGCCAAGGAGAGACAUCACAACGAUUUUCUUCAGUUGAUGAAGAAGCAAAGCUUCAUAAGACUAUGUCUCAAGGAGAAAUUACAAAGUUGGCAGUGAGACAGAAGGCUUCAGAUUCAGAUAUAAGACCUCAGAGAGCAAGGAUGAGAUUCUGGACCAAAGGGAAACAAGGGGAGAAGAAGACCACCAGAGUGAAACCUGCUGCGCAGUCAGAGAGCUCAGCAUUCUUUGCCGGCUCAGAUAGGAUUCCAGCUCAUCCAUUUCCAGAUGAAAUAGCUCAGUAUCACUCAACACCUCCUUUGAGCCCAGAAUUACCUGGUAGUUGCCGAAAGGAGUUCAAAGAGAACAAAGAGCCUUCUCCGAAGGCAAAGCGUAAGAGAAGCGUGAAGAUCAGCAGUGUGGCUUUGGAAUCUCUGUACUGGCAGAAUGAUUCUGUCCAGAUCAUAGCAAGCGCCAGUGAUUUAAAAAGCAUGGAUGAAUUUCUUCUGAAAAAGAUGAAUGACCUAGAAAAUGAAGACAGCAAGAAAGACACACUAGUGGAUGUUGUAUUUAAAAAAGCCCUGAAAGAAUUUCGGCAGAAUAUCUUCAGCUUUUAUUCGUCUGCAUUGGCGAUAGAUGAUGGGAAGAGCAUACGAUAUAAAGACCUCUACGCGCUAUUUGAACAGAUCCUGGAAAAGACCAUGAGACUUGAGCAGCGUGAUUGGAGUGAAUCUCCAGUAAGAGUUUGGGUCAACACUUUUAAAGUGUUUUUAGAUGAAUACAUGAAUGAAUUCAAGACUUUGGAUUGUAUACCCAUAAAGGUGCCAAAAACAGAAAGAAAGAAAAGAAGAAAAAAAGAAACUGAUUUAGUGGAAGAGCACAAUGGUCACAUCUUUAAGGCCACCCAGUAUAGCAUCCCUACAUACUGUGAGUACUGUUCUUCUUUGAUAUGGAUAAUGGACCGAGCCUCUGUUUGCAAAUUAUGCAAGUAUGCUUGCCAUAAGAAGUGCUGCCUGAAAACCACGGCCAAGUGCUCUAAAAAGUAUGAUCCAGAGCUAUCAUCUCGACAAUUUGGGGUUGAACUGUCCCGUUUGACCAGUGAAGACCGAACUGUUCCUUUAGUGGUAGAGAAGCUCAUAAACUACAUUGAAAUGCAUGGACUGUACACAGAAGGUAUUUACCGCAAGUCUGGUUCAACCAAUAAAAUUAAGGAGCUUCGGCAAGGUCUAGAUACAGAUACUGAGAGUGUAAACCUAGACGACUAUAACAUACAUGUCAUUGCAAGUGUGUUCAAGCAAUGGCUUCGUGAUUUGCCCAAUCCACUUAUGACCUUUGAACUCUAUGAGGAAUUUCUCCGAGCAAUGGGCCUUCAGGAGAGGAAAGAAACAAUCCGUGGUGUAUACUCUGUGAUUGACCAGCUCUCCAGAACUCACCUCAAUACAUUGGAACGCCUUAUCUUUCAUCUAGUCAGGAUUGCUCUACAGGAAGACACUAAUCGAAUGUCUGCCAAUGCUUUGGCCAUUGUGUUUGCACCAUGUAUUCUCCGUUGUCCUGACUCUAUUGACCCCCUACAAAGCGUGCAGGACAUCAGUAAGACUACCACCUGUGUGGAGCUGAUUGUUGUUGAACAAAUGAACAAAUAUAAGGCUCGUCUCAAAGACAUCAGUAGCCUGGAAUUUGCUGAGAAUAAGGCAAAAACCAGGCUGUCACUGAUUCGAAGAUCAAUGGGAAAGGGGCGUCUUCGUCGAGGAAACUAUCCAGGUGCUUCCUCUCCUGCUGUUGCUCAGCUGCCCUCUGUGUCUGACAUCCCGGAAGAGACCUUGACUAGUGAGGCAGCCGUGGAGACUGACAUCACAGAACAGCAGCAGGCAGCUAUGCAGCAGGAGGAGCGAGUGCUGGCGGAGCAGAUCGAGAGCCUCCAGAAGGAGAAGGAGGAGCUAACAUUUGAGAUGCUUGUCCUGGAACCCCGUGCCUCUGAUGAUGAAACCCUUGAGUCUGAGGCCUCCAUUGGGACUGCCGAUAGCUCAGAAAAUUUGAAUAUUGAGACUGAAGGUGCCAUCUCUGAGAGAUCAGAGAAAAGCAUAGCCCUGGGCUCCCUGAAGGCAGCUGGCAAGUCUGAACCGCUGAGCAGGUUGGGUAAGCAGCUGAAAAGGCAGCAACACUCUUGGGAUUCAGCGGACGCCUCAGUGUCUCCUCUUUGUCCAUCUAACACUGCAUCUUCCCGUGGGACCAGAAAACGAUUUCAGAUUUAUUCCAAAUCUCCAUUCUACCGAGCUGUUUCAGCUGGUGAGGCCCUGGGAAUGGAAGGGCCCCCGGGCCAGACCAAACCCCUAGAAGACAGGCCUCAAUUCAUCAGCAGAGGAACCUUCAACCCUGAAAAGGGAAAACAAAAAUUAAAGAAUGUGAAAAACUCACCUCAGAAAACCAAAGAGACUCCAGAGGGGACAGUGGUGUCUAGCCGCAGAAAAACUGUGGACCCAGACUGCAGCUCCACCCAACAGCUAACUCUCUUUGGAAAUAAUGAGUUUAUGGUCUGAACUGGCAGCUGUGUGUCCUUUUAUGGCCACAGAGUCUUAAACCACAUCUCGUCUUUGGGGCUGCUUCUCAUCGCCUCAUCCACAAUAAUCCAUCCCACCUGUGGUCCCGUUUCCCUGCAAGCAUACAACUAAGGCCUGGUGUGCUGAAUUCCUGGGUCUUCGGCAGAAGUGGAAGGGCCUCUUUGAAGACUGCUGGGAAUGGUGCCGGCUGUGCCUUGGCUGCUUUAAUUGACUAGAGAUUCCACUUAACAAAGCCACCCCGGCCCAGGGGACUUGGGUCAGUUGUGGAGGUCUUUGUAGUUGCCUCUCUGUCCUCUUUCCCCUUCCUAGUCACAGGUGUUGAACUCGGCGGGGAUACACUGUGGGCCUGAGGAACCCACUGAUUUCGGACAUUUGAAGAAAGCAUAAAUCUUUCUUCACCAUGCAGGCAAAAGUGUUUGGGUUUAUUUGGAGGUAGUUAGGAGCUGGGUUAGAAUAUAAUUUUUUUCCAAGGAUUUAUAAACAAAAAGUCUAAGUACCCUAUUGUAAGAUUUUGGAAAAAUACUCCAUGUUAUAUUCUAGGGAAAGUAAAAAACCAGUUGUUUCCAUUAAGCCAUCGCAGCAUGAUUCUCAGACAUCUGGUUACACAAUGAAGAGAAAGUCAUGGGGUUUUUUGAUGUUCAGUGUCAUGGUAAUUGAUGCUGGCUUAACUCCUAUUUAGUUCCUGCCAAAUGCGCUGCAUGGGCUGAAGUUUCGGUAGCCAUACUGUUCUCAUAUUUCCUGGUCUGGGAUCAGGUUCCUCUAAUUUUUUUUAAAUCUCCCAGAGACAGGAUCAUCUCUAAACAUGAGGGUUUCAUCCUAAUCCAUCCAUACUUUUCUCUUUGCAUAGAGUAAACCGAAGAUCACAUAUGAACCUAUUCAUCUGCUGGUGGGUAUCUACCACAAACUCAGUCAAAUAGUGUGACCAUUGAAUCCCUUCUACUGAACAUUUACACACAACACUGCAUGAAUAAGUGUUACAGAAAGCUGCCAAAAAUAUUUGAGUUUUUAAUAUGACUCUUCCAACUUUUAUCUUCUUUUCCUCAGAUCAUCAGUAUUAAAAUAGAUGAGAAAAAAAAAUCAAGGACUACUUGAAACUAUUUUUGUUAAUAUUCUGGUUACUGAAGUUUACUGUAAAUAUAUAUGUAUAGUACACAGAUUUCUUUUUAACCUUAUGCUUCCCUCCUCCCUGUGGAAUUUCUUUCCACAAAUUAGGGGCCAGUGGACAGGGGAGUGAGAGCCACUCAUUCCUGGGUUAAAGGAAAAAUCAAACCAUCUUUUUCACCUGAGUGUCUCUGUGCACCAGAGUUGUAAUAGCAUUUUAAGCUUCUUAGCAUUUGUGGGAUUAGAAAUCUGUUUUUGCUAUUUAUAAUAUAUGGAAAAUGAAACAUGAUACUCUUUCUUGCGAUAUGUGAAAAUGUUUAUUUUUAAAGUUGCUAAAUGCAUUUGUCUAACUACCACUUGCACUGUUCUUAAAAAGAGCCUUUACCAUCUGUAACCUGAAUUUUGGUUGUUCUUUUCAUACUUCUAUGAUUCGAAGUUAUGGAAAUACUAAGACUUGUUAAGACACAGGCUCUCCUGUUACACAACACUGAACCUCAUGCCACUGCCUCAGUGGUUACUGUGGAGUCCCAGAGGUCAGACUUGGAACGUCAUUCUGAGUGGCAGCUAAAGGUAGCAGAAGUCUUACUUCUCCCUGGUUUGGGUUCAGAAAUGAGCUAGGGAAAGGAACUUUUUUAAGUCCCCAGAAUGAUGAUGGUUACUGAGUAAAUUUUAGAUUUUAUGUCCUCCAAACACCUGCCACCCUAUUUGUGCUGUUUUGAGCAGAGUAAUACGUGUAAAGCCUUUAGAAUUUGAAUUUCACAGAAUCUCCUGGAGGAAAACCUAACGCCUCAGCAUGGUUGGUCACAGUGGGAUUGCUGGGGCCCCAGGGCCCCACGGCCGGCUGCACAGGCUGCGCGGCGUCCCGGGAGAUCGCGUUGUGCGCUGGGCCUUCUGUGCUGUUGAGUGCUGGGUGCUGAUGCCUACUCUCUCCCUGUGUUCCAGAACAUGGGCUCGAUGACCGUACAAGAGAAGAGAUUACCCUUGUUGAAUAAUUUCCUUUGUCCCAGAGAAAACACAUUUUGGCAUAUAUUUUGCCUUCUAAAUCUUUGUGGAUUUUUUGGGGUUUUUUUUGUUCUUUGUAAAGUUUUUGGCAGUUAAAAAACUACUCAUAUAGGUCACUUUAUAGGAACUAAGUGAUGGGUGUUAAGAGACUUUAUAGUUUUUCUCAGGGACCUGAAACCUGAAUUUGGAUAAAAUUAAAUAAAAGUUUUUGCUAUUUGUUUUUUGGUUGCUAGAUUUGUGGAUUUCUAGUCAUUUAGCAAGCUGCCAGAAUGGAGGGUAAUGGGGAGGAGAAAUCCACGCAGUUGUAAGAAUGGAGAGCAAAGUGUAGGACCCUCCCUUUGAAGGAAAGAAAGCUGUUGUUCUCAUAGGAUAACAGGCAUUGUUGGCCUGAUAGAGAUAAAGCCAUACUCUUAAAACUAUAAGAACCAAGUACUAUAUCUCCUUCCAUCUCAUGCUAAUUGGUCCUCUCCAGUGGUUAAAGUUAUGUCACCACAAAGUGAUGCGCUAUCAUAAUCACUUGUGAUUAAGAUGUGUAACCUUAAUGUGUGUCCAGUGUGGGUUCCUGUCACUUCUCCUGUGGUUGUUUCCUUUGACCUCAAAUGCCUCAAAGAAAAUAUCUGCAUGGCAGCACUGGAGCAGCCCCACAUUUGGAACCUGUACUCCAAAAUGUCAAGCCUUGUUCAUUUCACACUUCGCCAGCCCCAGUCAAAGCCUAGUUGUCUACAUUAAAGCCAACAUAUUCCUUAUCAUAGGAAAUGUAAUGGAAGAGAGAAGUGUGAUUUUAGGGUCACAUUGUAUGUCACACAGAAGCAGAUUGCCUCAACAGCAAAUGCAGGGAGGAUUCAGGGAGGUACAUGCUUUACUUUGUAAUGCUCUGUGUACUUCCUGCCAUUUUAAUUUUUCUGCCACUCUAGGCUUCUGAUAACACAAAGGGAGAUACAGCCUUUCCAGUGUGCAUGUGGCAGAGACAGGGAGACCUGAGGUCAGGGUGGAAUACCAGAGCCCUACCCUCUCAUGUUUGGAAACCAGAUACAGCUAUUGCCCUGCUGGGAAAUUAUUGGAGAUUCUGUGUUUAUCACAAUAGGAUUGUUUUCAAUGUCAAACUGAGAGGGUCCCAGAAGCAUGUUGAAAAGAGGUGGUCCAGCAAGGUUCUGCAGGCCCACUUCAGUGUCUGUGGCCCUUGGAGUUCAGCUGUAACUAAGGAAUGUAUACCUUUCACAAGCACUUUGGUGAACUAGAGAGAAGAAAUAUUCUCAGGAUGUGUUCAAAACUAAAAGAGUUUUAACUGUUAAAAGAAACACAGUCCAGAUGGCUUUCCCCAUCUUCCUUUCUCCUUUCUCCUCUCCUCUCAGCGGGGAGCUAGACGUGGGGCAUGCGUCAUUCUCUGUUGACAAAUGUGUUACGUCACGCCAGCGCUGUUGCCGACACUGUGCUAUCCUUGGUAGUAAAAUUCCUUGGUACUUGUGGGAGUCCUCUGUCUCUCCAUGCCCCUAAAAUAAUGUUAACCCCUUGUCUCUGGAACCACUCCCACAUUUGAUUUGGUGUUAAAGGGUAACAGCAAAAUGAUGAUUGUGGAGAUGGGUCUGUUAGGUCUUGUUUGUCUCUUGGUUCAAACUAUUUUCAAAAAAGCCCCACAAAAGGGGCUGUCACCUUGCUAUCCACCCAUACUUAAUAGGUAUUUAUCAGCCCUUUUAGGUCAUAUAAAAGUUGCACCUUUUUAACCAAGCAAUUAUAUUCACUAGGGGAAAGGUGUGGACUACAGAUUAGUAUUAUAUUAUUUUAAUGGAUUUAAAGUAAUUUAUAAGUAUGCUGAGUGUAAAUCUUUAAAAGACUAUGUAUUGUAAAAGGACAUAUCCUGUGAAAUAUAAUAUCAUUUUACUGUUUAACAGAAUAAUUCUAUAAGAAGAGUGAUUUAUCUCACCCAUAGAACUGAUUACAUUCAUGAUGCAAUCAACAGGCACUUUGUAAUUUCCUUUUGGGUUUUUUUUAAGGGGGGUAGCAAGCAAGACAUCAUCUGUAUAAAGUGCAGUUUGUGUCAGUCAAAAUAUGCACUGUGUGGCUACACAAAAGCAGCUUGAUGAACAAAUCACUCCAUGGCUCAUUAAAGAACAAAGCUUCUAGAAACAGCAA